AUGACUUCGCAAUCUGAUGUCACUGCGGGCUUGACCUUGCCUCCGCAGGGAGACGUAGUGAAUGCACUGACCGACACUGUUACGCACGCACUCGUCCAGUUGGAGGUUCACGUCACCGAUAUGAAUAACUUGGUGCGGUCGACGUUAUCGGGCGACAGGGAUUCACUGGCCCUCUCUCAACUCGAGCGAGAGAUUGCUAGACUCCAUGACACCCUACGAUACGAGAUGCGCGCUGUCGAUAUGACGCUCAAGGUGGGGUUGGCCGCGCUGCGCGAGACAGAAUUGUCAGCGGUGCCUGAUGGCCUUGAAGGCGGCGCGCCGUCUCCUCCCACCUAA